UAGGAUGAAGUCUUUGCUAUGGCUAAUGACCCCUUGGAAGGCUUCCAUGAAGUGAAUCUUGCUUCACCUACUUCUCCGGACCUUCUUGGUGUGUGUGACCCAGGAACCCAAGAGCAGACGACCUCCCCGAGCGUCAUCUACCGGCCACACCCUUCGUCCUUAUGCUCUGCUCCUCUCCAGGCUAAUGCCCUAGAUCUUUCUGAUCUUCCCACACAGCCUGUGUACUCAUCCCCUAGGCGAUUAAACUGUCAUACAGUGUCAUCAGUUCCUGUCAUUCACGUUCCGGACCCUGCAUCAUCCGUGAAGUCUGGAGUGGCAGUGGACCUCACGAAGCUGACAUCAAGGAAGGACAGCUGUAAUGCUGAGAGGGAGUUUUUGCAGGGCGCCACCGUCACAGAGGCUCCUGUUUGCAGCGAUGACAUCUUUGGGUUGAGUACGGAUAGCCUGUCACGUUUACGAAGCCCAUCUGUUCUGGAAGUUAGAGAGAAGGGCUAUGAAAGGUUGAAAGAAGAACUUGCGAAAGCCCAGAGGGAAUUGAAGUUAAAAGAUGAAGAAUGUGAGAGACUUUCGAAAGUGCGGGAUCAACUUGGGCAGGAGUUGGAAGAACUCACAGCUAGUUUGUUUGAGGAAGCUCACAAGAUGGUGAGAGAAGCGAACGUCAAGCAGGCCACGGCAGAGAAGCAGCUGAAGGAAGCUCAAGGGAAAAUCGAUGUACUUCAAGCUGAAGUGGCUGCCUUGAAGACACUCGUGCUGUCCAGCUCUCCCACGUCACCAACACAGGAGCCUCUGGCGGCUGGAAAGACGCCUUUUAAAAGGGGACACACGAGGAAUAAAAGUACGAGCAGUGCCAUGAGUGGCGGUCACCAGGACCUCAGUGUGAUACAGCCACUGGUGAAAGACUGCAAAGAGGCUGAUCUCUCUCUGUAUAAUGAGUUCAGAUCUUGGAAGGAUGAGCCCACGAUGGACAGAACGUGUCCUUUCUUAGACAAGAUCUACCAGGAAGAUAUCUUCCCGUGCUUAACGUUCGCAAAAAGUGAGUUGGCUUCGGCUGUUCUGGAGGCCGUGGAGAACAACACUCUAAGCAUUGAGCCAGUGGGGCUUCAGCCCAUUCGAUUCGUGAAAGCCUCAGCUGUAGAAUGUGGAGGACCAAAAAAAUGUGCUCUCACUGGCCAGAGUAAGUCCUGUAAGCACAGAAUUAAACUAGGGGACUCAAGCAACUAUUACUAUAUUUCUCCUUUUUGCAGAUACAGGAUCACUUCUGUGUGUAACUUUUUUACAUACAUUCGAUACAUCCAGCAGGGCCUUGUGAAACAGCAGGACGUUGAUCAGAUGUUUUGGGAAGUGAUGCAGCUGAGAAAGGAGAUGUCGUUGGCGAAGCUGGGAUAUUUCAAAGAGGAACUCUGACACCCUGCGCAGGGCCGUGCGUGCGCCUCCCUGGACAACUGAAGAAUGGCUGAACAUUUUUAUGGCUAAUAUUUAUUCCCGAGAAGAAGGCCCAAGACUCCUGGUCUCUUGCAGAUUACACUAGGAAGUGCUGUGAUUUCUUUGAAAGAGACCGGGCUGUUCUCGCUUGUCCUUUAAUGGACCACACUACGAGGAGUUGCAGUGUGCUGGUGAUGGCCAUUCAGCACUGCAAAGCAAACCACCAAAUAAAUACCAGACCGAGUGUGUGUCUCUUCCUUAGCUCUGACUUGGCUUGGAGAGUGCAGAAGGCAAUGGUAUUUCACAUUGUACUCCUCUGGGGAGCAAGGACGGAGCUGUGUGCACAGGGCUUACUGUGUGUCUAUAUGUGUGUUGACAUUCAAACACAAGGGUUUAUUUACAGAAAGGUUUUUUGUUUUCUACCUGUGAGGUUUUUCUUUUAUUAAUUAAUUAGGGUUUUUUUUUUCCCCCAGCCUGUUGAGUUUUCCCUCCCUCCCCUCCCUGUUCCUCUCCCCCCCACAUCCACUCCUUCUCAUUUGCAGAAAGAUUACUGUUAUUCAGCUCGCAGUGACCCAGUGAAUCCCUUUAUUGUCAUGGUAUGUCAAGUAGAAAAUGAAGGGCGGGGCUCUUCCUCUGGAGGAGCAUCUGAGCAUUCUGAUGUAGGGGUUCACGUUAUGCAGUGAGCGCUAUCAUGGAACUGAAGGAAUAUUAAAUAAAUAAACAGCAUCAUG